CGAGGGAUAAGGCGGUUUGUUCGCCCAUUCGCCCUCAUGCCGCAGUCUCCUCCUUUCCAGGAAAAGCUCCAUUCUCUCCAUUCGCUGCUGCUCCACAUGUGCCGAUGAGCAGGAGACGGUGGCGAUUCGCCGCUUUCUGCCGUCACUUGGUCUCCGUGUCCGUGUCCGUCCGCGUCCGUCCGUGGAAGCGCUUCGCUCAGGUGAAGGAUCCUCAGUUCCUCUCUCUUCCCUCCCGGCCGUGUGGUGCGGAGGAGCAGAGCCGCGAAGGAGAACGAAACCGACACCAGCGACGCCGACACCAGUGAGUGACACCGAGCUCACGUCGUGUGGCAGGUGAUCAUUCUACUCCGCAGCAGCACUGACUGAAGUAAAAAAAAAAAUAAUAAUAAAAAUAAAAACAAUCGACCUGAAUUUCAAUUUGUGACCACCGAACGCAUCGUCCGCCGCCGCGGACUCGGAAGAAAAAAGCCCGGGAAACGGAGACCGAGGCCACAAAAAAAGACCAUGACCGCUACGAAGGAGCAGCAGAACCAGCGACUGAGCCAAACGCAGCAGGAUGAGGAUUUGGGUGCUGGGAGCCCCCCUCAGCGGAACUGGAAAGGGAUUGCCAUCGCCCUUCUGGUCAUCCUGAUGGUCUGCUCACUCAUCACCAUGUCUGUUAUCCUCCUUACACCAGCAGACACAUCUGGUGGCAGUGACACAAAGCUCUGUGUGGAUGACCUAUUCAAACCGACUUUUAUUGUUCGUGACCCAGAAGCCAAAUGGAUUAGCGAGUCAGAGGUGGUCUACAGAAACCAUGACGGCCACGUCAUCAAGUUCAAUGUUGCCACGAAUGAGACGGACAUUCUUUUGAAAAACAACACAUUUAUUUCCUUCAAAGUUGCAAAAUAUUCCAUUUCUCCAGAUUUGAGAUACGUACUGUUUGCUUAUGACGUUAAACAGGUGUACCGGUAUUCUGUUACAGCAUCUUAUAUAAUUUACAACAUUCAUACCAGGGAGGUGUGGGAGCUGAACCCCCCAGAAGUGCCAAACUCAGUACUUCAACAUGCUGCUUGGGGUGUACAAGGACAGCAGUUGAUGUACAUCUUUGAGAACAACAUCUAUUACCAAUCAGAUGUGAGAAGCACCUCUCUCCGGCUGACCUCUUCGGGAAAGGAAGGGGACAUCUACAAUGGAAUUGCAGACUGGUUAUAUGAAGAGGAGAUCCUGAAAUCCCACGUGACUCAUUGGUGGUCACCCGAUGGAGAGAGGCUGGCCUUCCUCAUGAUCAACAAUACCAUGGUACCAAACAUGGCCCUUCCUCGAUUCACUGGAGCAAUGUACCCAAAAGGGAAGCAGUACCCAUACCCUAAGGCUGGGCAGCCCAACCCCACGGUGAAGCUGUUUGUGGCGAAUCUCUACGGACCAACACACACACAGGAGCUGUUUCCUCCAGAAAGCCUGAAAGCCAGGGACUACUAUGUGGUGAUGGUGAAAUGGAUCAGCAGCACCAAGACUGCUGUGAGGUGGUUAAACCGGGCCCAAAACAUGUCUGUGCUCAGUGUGUGUGACACCAGCACUGGGGCCUGCAUCAAGGUACAUGAGGAGGCUUCAGAAUUCUGGCUCAACAAGCAGGACCAGGAGCCAGUUUUUUCGAGUGACGGCAGCAAGUUCUUCCUGACAGUGCCAGUAAAACAGGGAGGCCAAGGAGAAUUUCACCACAUUGCUAUGUUUAGCACACAGUCCAGAGUCGAUCAAAGCGACGUUCGCCAUUUGACCUCAGGAAACUGGGAAGUGACCAAAAUUUUGGGAUUUGAUGAAAUUAAUCAAAAAAUAUUUUUCCUAAGCACUGAAGGUUCUUCAAGACGGAGACAGCUGUUCAGUGUCUUCACGGUUGGCUUAUUUCCUCGCCGCUGUCUGACAUGCGACCUGAACAAGACACACUGCUCCUACUUUGAUGCUGACAUGAGUCCUGGCCAGCAGCACGUCAUCCUGCACUGCAAAGGCCCUGGUGUCCCAACGGUGAUCCUGCGUAGUCUUCAUAAUGCCACUAACUACUUCAUUCUGGAGAAUAACACUGUGCUGAAAGCUGCUUUGUGGAAUAAAAAGAUCCAUCAUUCUGAGUUCAGAUCUGUUGUGAUUGAUCACUUUGACCUACCUUUGAAAAUUUCUUAUCCACUUGACUUCUCUGAAUCAAAACACUAUGGCCUUCUGAUGAUUGUUGAUGGGGCUCCUGGAAGCCAGUUGGUGAGUGAUCAGUUCCAGCUCGACUGGGACUCAGUUCUGGUCAGUUCUGACAACAUCAUUGUGGCCCGACUGGAUGGCAGGGGAGCCGGAUUUCAGGGCCAAAGGGUCCUGCACGCAAUUCACCAGACCCUGGGGACCGUGGAUGUGAAAGACCAAAUAGCAGCUGUGGAGUUCAUGUUGAAGAGUCCGUAUAUUGACCGUACACGAAUAGGAGUUUUUGGGAAGGGCUAUGGGGGAUAUGUAGCAUUAAUGAUGCUUAAGUCAACUGAAAAUUUGAUAAAAUGUGCAGUUACAGUUUCCCCAGUAACAGACUGGAAACUUUAUGCAUCUGCUUUUUCGGAGCGGUUCCUUGGCAUGCCUGUAAGAGAUGACAGCACGUAUCAGUUUUCUAGUGUUCUCCAGGAUGUCCAAGGACUACGAGGACAAAACCUUAUGCUGGUGCAUGGAACAGCAGACGCCAAUGUUCAUUUUCAGCACUCAGCUGAGCUGAUUAAACACCUUAUUAAAGUUGGUGCAAACUACACUAUGCAGAUGUACCCAGAUGAGGGCCAUUUUUUCUCCCAGAAGAGCCAGCAGCACUUUUACACAUCCCUUAUUACCUACUUCAGAGAGUGUCUCCGAGAAGAUAUAUUGCUUGUACCAGAUGAACCAGAAGAAGAGGAGUAGAAAGAUGAGGGGAGCAGCAAUGGGACUUGAUCAUUUGUUUCUGUAUUGACUGCCGGAGCCACAAUGGUCGUCACCCACAUAUUAGCUAGAGGAGAUUGUCAAAGUCUUGCAGGGACAGCUGCAGAGUCUGAAAGAAUGGUACAGGGAGGAUUUCCUUAAAGGAGUGACUCCCACAGGGAAAUCGAAAGGAAUUCUCACAUAUCAUGGCAACCUAUAAUUUUUGGACCUCACUGAACUAAGAUCAUCUCUCUCCACAUUUGGAUAACCUCCACCUACGAUUAUGCAGUGCAUGGGUGUUUCUAGUUUCAGCUUUGCUUCGGACUUUACCAUGUAUAUAUGUGUUGUGGUAGUCAUCGGGGGUGGGGGGUGGAGGGGGUCCCCUUCCGCCCAUCCUUGAAAGUCACCAUUUUUUUGAUUGAUGCACAAUGAAUUGCAUUGUUCCUCUUUUCUUGUCAAAAACAUGACUAUGACACACAAGGCAAAAGUGCAAUUCGUUCAC